UGAAAUCAACAAAAAAGAACAAAAACAGAGUCACCACCACUACUACACUACUCAUUUCUUUUCAUCACCAUCCCUUUCCUCCAUUGAUCCUCCUCCAAUGGCCUCUCUCAAGAACCUCUACUUCACUCUCUCUCACUUCUCAAGAACCCUCUCUUGCCCUCUCUCUCGAUCAAGAACUCAAGCAAUCACCGCAUUGCUUCUCACCACAGCUCUCUUCUUCUUCUACUUCACCUCCCCAUUCUCCGACGCCUCUCCGACCACCACCAUCGCCUCCACUCUCGCCUCCCGCCUCCUCCCUCUCUCCUCCGUCUCUUCCUUGACCACCCAUUUCGCCUUGUUCUCCGGUAGGAGUUGUGCUGACUCCACUGGUCUCUCCUCUGUAACAACAAGUGACACGAAUUCAAGAAAAACAGGGGAUCGUGAAACAGGGGACAUCACUUCUUGUGAUAUCUUUGAUGGUAAUUGGGUUGUAGACGAUUCUAACCGGGUUUAUCAGCCCGGGUCUUGCCCGUUUGUUGAUGGCUCCUUCGAUUGUUUCAAGAAUGGCCGGCCUGAUUCUGAUUACCUCAGGCUCCGGUGGAAGCCACACGGGUGCCAAAUUCCGAGGUUUGAUGGGUUGAAAAUGUUGAAGAUGUUGAGAGGGAAAAGAUUGGUUUUUGUUGGGGAUUCAUUGAACAGAAACAUGUGGGAAUCAUUGGUCUGUGCUUUGAGAGAAUCAUUGCCUGAUAAAAGAAAAGUCUAUGAAGUUUCGGGUAGGCGCGAAUUCAGGACUCAAGGAUUCUAUUCUUUCAGAUUCAAGGAUUAUAAGUUCUCAAUUGACUUCAUAAAAUCACCAUUCCUUGUUCAAGAAUGGAGGAUUUUGGAUAAGGCAGGAACGCGAAGAGAAACGCUGAGACUGGACAUGAUUCAAGGCUCCCCAACAAAGUACCAUGAUGCUGACAUAAUCAUCUUCAAUACUGGGCACUGGUGGACUCACCAGAAAACCUAUAAAGGAAACAAUUACUUUCAAGAGGGAAAUUAUGUAUAUCCCAGACUAGAAGUGGCAGAAGCCUAUACAAGGGCGUUGAGGACAUGGGCGCAAUGGGUUGAUGCCAAUAUCAACGCCAAUCGAACCAGGGUCUUCUUUCAAGGAUACUCAGCUUCUCAUUUCCGAGGAGGUCAGUGGAACUCUGGUGGAAACUGCGAUGGUGAGACUGAACCGAUCAAAAAUGACGCCUACCUAGUGCCAUAUCCAUGGAUGAUGAGUGUGCUCGAGUCAGUAAUGGCAGAGAUGAAGACACCAGUGUUUUAUCUGAACAUAACGAAGAUGACAGAUUACAGAAAAGACGGACACCCCUCAAUUUUCAGGCUGCCAAAGCCACAGAACAGUGCAGGGACGAUUCAAGACUGCAGCCAUUGGUGCCUUCCAGGGGUUCCAGACUCAUGGAAUGAGCUUCUGUAUGCCACACUCCUAUUAUCCCACCAUGAAUAAUAGUCACUAGGGGCUUCACUAGUUAAUGUUACAAUAUGUUUGUGGUGAUUUUUGACUCCUUUGGAGUCGUGUAUUGAGCCUUCUUGUAUAUCUUUCUUCUUCUUUUUUCUUUGUAAUGAAAGGCUUACUUUUGCUCUGUUCAUCUAUGCAGUUGUGUCCCUUUCCAUU